GGGUGUGUGUUGUUUGUAGCGCUAGAGCACGAUGCAGCCACGUUCUCGGAUCAAAACCUACCCCCGACGGUGGCAGCCCUAUAAAGUGUUUUCAUAGGUUGUUUUUUCAGCUAUCCCAUGUGGCGGGAGCGUGUCCGGCUGCGCCUAUCUCCCGCCUACCGACGGUCAUCGGUCUAGCUGAGUGUUUGACUGAGAAUUCGUAGCUCGUCCCUAGGCCAGCUGAGACCGGAAUUGUUGGUCGUCUGCCACACAGCCACAGAUCAGCAGGGACGCACACCGUGAGUUCAUUUUGGAUAUCUCCCCCUCCAUUCUAUCUGCACUCCCAGGAAGGCCAUGGGGAAGUCAAAUAAAGACAGAACUAAACAGGUCAGGACCUUUGACCCCGAUGGCUACCGUCGCAGAGCCGAUGCCAUCAUCUUUAGAGACACAGCCUUCAGAGAGGUGUUGCUGGUGAGCUCCAGAAGUGAGCCGGAUAAGUGGACGGUGGUUGGAGGAGGGGUGGAGCCAAAUGAGAGUGGGAUGACCACUUCGGCUAGAGAGGCUCGCGAAGAGGCAGGUGUGGUUGGAACCGUGGACUCUUUCGUUGGUUCAUUCGAUGAUGAAUCGAGGAAGACGAGGACGGAGGUGUACAUUCUGAUAGCGGACCGUUUGGUGGAGACUUGGGAGGACAAGACAGAUAUGGACAGACAGAGAAGGUGGUUCCCGGUGGACGAGGCAAUCACCAUCACAUCUCGCAGACCUCUCAAGCAGAACUACCUAAUAGCAGCCUGCAAUCUCGCCGCACACCGUCGGGAGCAGCUAGCCUCUCCCCCCACUUCUCCCCCUCCCCCUACCUCUUCCCCUCAUCACUCUCUCUUCUCCCUCCCCCGGCGUUCCGCCAUACUGCCUGUUGCCCUCACCUGUAUACUCGUCUGCUGUGCCAGUGCCUAUUGUGUCUUCAUGUUUUGACUUUUUUUCCUAUGUGUGAUCUACUACUUUGCCUCCUGUGUUAUAUAUACGAGUUGUGAAUUUUUUUAACAUUAAGGGUGC